AUGGCUGCAUCAAGAAAAAGGGUAGAAAUUAAGGUAGAAGAUUUGUGUCGAACUUGUUUAGCUAAAGAAAUAGAGCUGUGCUCUAUCUUCGAUGUAUAUCUGGAGGCUACAACUCUGGGCCAUAUAAUUACAUCAAUAACAGGAGUGGAGAUUGACAAAAGUGAUGGACUACCUUCAAAAAUCUGUCUGGAAUGCAAAGACAAGGCUGUUAACGCUUAUGAUUUUAAAAAGAAAUCUCAGGAAGCGGCUAUUGCUCUACAUAAUAUUUUUAAGAAAGAAAAUGAUUUUAUAGUUUUAGAAGAAACAUUGAGUAUUGAUAAUAAUAAUGUUGGUGUCAAAAUGGAGCAUUAUGGAUUGGAUGAUCGUGAAGAUAGCAUGGGUUUGCAGUACAACACAGAAUUGCCUGCUGAUGACAAUAGCUUCUCAGACACAGACAUUGUUAAAAAUGAAGGGAGUGGAAAUGAAACAGAGCCUGAUAAGAUCGUCAAUAUGGAUAUUGUGGCAGCGGUUAAUACACAAGAAAAGCCCCAAAAGAAAUGUAUAAAAGUGGAAGUCGAGGAUAGCAGUAACACGUUUUGUCCGUUAUGUGGUAUUAGCUUUAUUGAUUCUGACGGACUCACCAAACACAUGUGGGAGAGGCAUGCCGAGGUUAUGGGUCCAAAGAAGAGGGGCAGACCUAAGAAGAUGGUCACAGGUACAAUCUUAAAUAAAUUAUCAGAAAAUGGAUAUUAUUUGAAAACGGUUCCGGUGAAAAGAUUGAACUGUUCCUUCUGCAAAGGGAAAUUUAAAACCAAAGAGGAAUUAGUCACGCAUAUGACAGAGCAUAAGGACUUGAAAGUGUUUUGCUGUAUUAUCUGUAAGAAGAUGUAUUUAAAGAAGAAAUACUUUGAUUCACAUUCGUGUGCAGAUGACAAAACUGAAGGGAACAAUUUGCAAGAGAAUAAUCCACCCAUGGUGAUACCGCACAAAGACGAACAAGGGGACUUUAUGAUGGAAACAUAUUUACAUGAGCUAUUGGACCUUAGCAAGAAUCCGGAUGAUGCAGAUUCGUGGCAGACGUGUGCCGUGUGCAGUGCUUUGCUGCCAGCACCGACCGCUCUGGCAGCCCACGUGGAUGCUUUGCAUCCAGAAAUGUCGGUGCGUUGUGCUCUUUGCAGCAAGGUGUUCGCGUCCGUGAAGUCCGCGACGCGUCACCGCAGCAAGUGCGCUAGUGUGGAGCGCGCGUUCCCGUGCGUCACCUGCGGCAAGCGAUUCGCGCACGAGAUAUCCCUCAACAAGCACAUCCUGCACAGUCACGCGGGACAGAGCGUCUCCGUGCGGUUCAACGAAGUCGCGGACGGUGAACGGUACCAGUGCGACACGUGCAGCCGAUGCUUUUACAGUAAAGACCUGCUAAUGAAGCACACGAAGAACCACAAACCGGGCGACAAAUACUACGAGUGUGAAAUAUGCAAGAAACGAUUCCAUAGAGGCGACAAUCUGCGGUCGCACAUGCGGGUACACGAGCCAAAGUCUGAGGUGGGGGAGGGGAAGGAGGGCGGUGCCGGUGGCUGCCUGUGCCUGUACUGCGGCCGCAGUUUCACCAACUCCUCGAAUCUCAUUGUUCACAUGCGUCGACACACCGGCGAGAAGCCCUACAAGUGUGACUUCUGUGAUAAAGGGUUCCCCAGAUCUUCAGACCUGCAAUGUCACAGGCGGUCACACACCGGGGAGAGGCCUUACAUAUGCGGCGUCUGUGGGAAAGGCUUCUCCCGUAGUAAUAAACUGGCCCGGCACAUGAGAGUGCACACGGGCCUUCGCCCCUACAAGUGUCCGUACUGCGACAAGGCCUUCUCGCAGAGCAACGAUCUCAACCUACACGUGCGCCGCCAUACUGGUGAUAAACCAUACAUCUGCGAACUGUGCGGCGACCGUUUUAUACAGGGCACAGCUUUGCAAAACCACAGGCGCACACACGGUCACUUCCCGGCCUCGACGCAAGCCGACCCGAAGACAGCACGUUCGCAUCGCUAA